AGGCGAAUGUGUGCAGACAUGUCGCAGGUAGCUUGCUAGUUGUGCCGGGACUGGAGUAUGUGCUUUGCUCAGUCAGUGCUGCUGCCAGAGCCUGUCCCUUCUACAUGGAUCCUGGGGGCAGUGAACUGGAUUCCAGUUUGUCCCAGUUGGACAACCCCUGUCUGAUAGUAGAAGACUCCCAGCCCGACAGCGCCGCUGCUGAGGACGACCCGGACAGCAGCUAUCGCUCCCUGCUGGCCCGCCGCCUCUCCAACCUGCAGCCCACCUCUCCCAGCCCUGUCCUGGAACUGAUAUCUUCUCCGGCAGGAAGACGGUGUUCUCAGACUGACGGUGCAGCGGACGUGGGACAGAGCGACACACACCACAGCCCAGCCCCCUUGGACUUGAACACGCAUUCAGAAGCACGGGAGCAUAGUCAGGUUCUUGAAGUGUGCUCCCCCUCUAACCAAAAGAGCAGGAAGUGUGUGGGGGGAGAUACGGAGAUGGACGCUGGGGCAGAUUCCACCACGCAGUCUGCCCAGUCUGAAGGAGGGGUGUCUCAGUUUGGUUUCUUGGAGCUGUCGGAGACCCAGGGUUUUGGCAAUGAGCUGGAUGGCAGCCAGGAGAGCCAAGAGGAGGUGGACAGAACUCCAGCUGGACAGACGGACAGUCAGAGGCUGGCUAGGCAAGGAGUAGCACAGAACACAACAGGAUUGGGUUCAGGCAGCCAAAACAGCGCAUCUAAAAGGUCAGAGGUGAGCUCCAGCAGCUCGUCCGAGCCUCUGUCCAGCGGCAGGAAGGAGAUGACCAUCCAGGAUCUGCUGCACACCCAGGACUCGGAGGCCUCGGCCGGGGGCACCCUGGAGGACGUGGACGACGACGAGGUUCCGUCCUCUCAGGACGACAUGUUUGACAUGGACAAGACCGGCACCAGGGUGGACAGCACAGUAUCGGAGCCUGGGAGCCAGCGCCUGCCGACGUGCACCCCAGCCAACAGCCUUCACCUGCUGCAUCUCUCCGGCCAGGGCACCCUCGUGCAAGAGAGCCUGUCCCAGAGCUCAGUUGAGUUUGUGGCCCCCACUCAGGACAAUUUAAGCCAAACACCCCUCAUAGUGCCUAACUCACCCACAGCACAAGAGGACGAUCAAGCUGCAGAGGAACCUAUGGAUACAUCCCUCCCUCCUGAUGAGCCUGACCACGCACGCAAAAAGGAGGAGGAGCCAAUGGAGAUGGAUCAGCCUCCUGUCCAAUCAGGGGUAGCCCCGAAGCUACAGCCCUCUGCGUCUACUCCAGUAUCCCAGAAUUCCCCUGGUUUUGUGCUGGAGAAGAGCCUGCCUGUGCCUACCCUGCCAGAGUUCUCGCAUGAUAUUUUUGUCCCAACACAGAGCCAGGAAACUGGAAGCAGUUGUGGCAAGACUGAAACACUAAGGACGCAGGCUUCUCACAGGGAGAACCCCGUAACAGCGGAGACAGGGUCUCCAAAACGUGCUCGUUCAGGGGAGAAGCACAAAGCACCCAUCCCCAGCCAAGCGCAGCACAGCGUAGUAGCCGAAUCCUUCCGGUUGGAACUCUCGUCUCACAGCGAGCACAGCAACAUUGCACAUCUGUCACGGGAGGUGGAGGUGGAGGAGGAUAGUCAGGCGACGCAGAUCGAGGGGUUGGAGGGGCCCGCAGACACAGCCGCUAGUGAGUCUGUCCUUGCUCGUCACAGUCAACAGAAGGAGGGGAAUUCCGUGGAACCUGAAACUGAGCCAGAAAAUGCUGCUAGUUCCCCAAAAGUUUCCCAGGUGCCUGACUUGGCUAAAGAUACCAGUUUGCGUGAUGGUAUCGAGGAGGUGAACUCCACAAAAGAGAAACUUUCACAAAAGGCGCUCUCCGAACCGCCCAAACUCACUACUCAAGCCGCGAAUGUGACAAAGCUUGCAGACACUAUCGACUUGACCAGGACUGGCGGUUCACAAACGCAGGACUCUUUGCCCUCAGAGCCUGCCGCUAGCUCCCAGCGGAAACUUGAAACCGUAGACUUGACAGCUAGCAGUGGCUCCCAAGACAGUCUUCCAGCCUCAGCUCGUAAAGCCAGUGGCCCUUCCGUGGUAUUUUCCCUGUCCGAAUCUCAGUCCGUGCUUCCAAACACAACAGAUGGAGGUGCUGAGGCCCAGGACGUGGCUAUGGAGGUCCAGUCCAAGAGCCCAGAGGUCAUUGCAGACACAGGGACAGCAGCUGUGGGGUCGAGUCAGACUGCCUCACAGAAGCAGGGUCAUACUGCUGGCAGCAGCGUUGGUGAAUUGGAAGUGGCAGAUGAGGGUAUGGAUGAGGCGGAGGACCGGGAGGAGACGACGGGGGCAGAGGGGUCGGCUCUCUGCCUCUCCCUUUCCCAGAGCCAGGUGCUCUCCCCAGAGCCGAUGGAGGAAGGGGGCUCUCCGUCAUUUGAGGAGCAGGACGGCAGCAAGGAUCUAGUGGUAGAGGAGAGUGAGAGAAUCUCUCAACAGAAAGGCAGGGUUGUGACGUCACAGUUAGAAAGGGGCGUGGCCUCAGGCUCUGUGGGCGGCUCUCAGCCUUUACAAAAGGAGGGGACACCUGCUGACAUCACAAAAGAGAAGGUUGUAUCCUCUCAAAAUGGCACCGGGUCCCAGGCUCAAGGCUUGAGCCCUGUCCCAGAGAAGCAUUCACAGUCUGAUAAGGCGUCUCUGCAGAGCGCCAAGCCUUCUGACACAAGACACCCCAGAGCAGCAGCAGGUCACAGUGCAGAGAAUUCUGGGAGCAAAAGUCCCGGUGAUAGCUCUGGAGAAAUCCCAUUUCAUUUCACUCUUCCAAAAGAGGGAGAAUUGAUUCGCCCUGUGCCCAAUGCCACGCCUCCUCUGAUCAGCCAAUUGAAACAGACUCCCAGGCACAGCACUCCAAUCGAAAUGAGCUCGUUUUCAGAGAGAUCAGCGGGUGAUGUCACAAGGGAGGCUGAGAUGGCAGCUAGUGACAUCGCGGUGGAGGAGAGCGGGGAAGAGGCCAAAGGGGACUCCACCAUCUCGGCCACCACAGAGCAUGAUGGGAAGUUGAGUUUGAGGAUGAAGCUGGUGACCCCAGUGGAAGAGGGGAGCUCAGGGUCGGAACGCUUCAGUCUGCAGAAACCAGCACUAUCAGAGGAGGGAGGCUCUGUUUCCAAGGUUACCACCGUUGUCAAGGCUGUUACCAGCCCCAGGCCCAGCCCCUCCGUGUUCAGCCGGGUGUGUGAGGUGCGCAGGCAGGCAGAGGCGGAAGAGAAGGGCCUUCCCAGCAUGCCCUGCACCCCUACAAGGGGAGACCUGUUCGGCUCGCCUCUCUCGCUGGAAAGUGACUCUGAAAGGGACCUUCUGAGAUCACAGAGUCAGAGGCCCAAGAACGCCCCUGGCAACAGCCAGUCUGAGCUUUCCCCCAGCCCCCAGGGGGAGGGGGGGGCGCCGGCCGGCAUGACUGGCAGCUCGACGCAGGAACGGGUGCAGCGCCACGACGUCCAGGAGAAGGAGCUUCACGCAGAAACCCAGGGCACGAGCCGGGCAGAGGGCGUGGCGGCGCAUGUGGGGAGGGAGGGAGAGACGAACGGGACCGGGGCGAAGGGACUGCCAGCCCCCAGGACUCCACCCAGACAGAGAGCAGUAUCCCAGCAGACCAGCUUCGACACCACCACCAUUCCCAGCCCUCCUAGCAAACUUCGCCAGAGAGCCGUGUCCCAGCAAACCAGCUUCGAAGCCGCAGGCCCACAGUACCCAACAAGCAGGGGUGAGCCGGAGACGCCCCCUCCCCGCCCUCCCGUGGGCCAGAAUGUGCGCAGACAUGUGCGCACCAUCAAGGAGGUGCGGACCACCGUCACCCGCAUCAUCACGGACGUCUACUACGAAAACGGGCUGGAGGUCGACCGCAAGGUCACUGAGGAGACGGAGGAACCGCUGGUGGACUGUCAGGUGGUGGAGAACGACAUCUCUCCGUCGCGCACGGGCAGCUCCAUGACGUCGGGGGACCUGGCGGACGUCAGCUCGCUCUCCUCCAAGGCCUCCAGCCUGCAGCACAGCUCCAGCGGGGCCAGCAGCAGCGGGCCGGGGCCUGCCAGGAGGCCGGACUUUAUCGUGCCGUCCAGCCGAGGAGCCAAGUCCGCCAGCCCCAGGAAGGGGAGGGGGGGGUCUAACGGGAUGGAGGAGAGGUACGGAGCCCGCGGGACCCGGGCCCUGACCCCACUCUCGCCCCGUGGAAGGGCCCGGCGAGGCAGGCCUCGUUCCCGCGGCCCCCUCUCCAGGGGCGCCGGGACUCCGUCCAGAGACGCGGUGCGGGGCCCGCCCCUCUCCUCCUCGGAGGACGAGCCGUACACGCGGGUGUGCCCCCGACUGGCGGAAACGCCGCCCAAGCGGCGGGCCCCGGGUCGCUCCGCCCCGCUGGACUCGUCCCCCGACAGCAGCGGGGGCGCCAGCAGCUUCGUGGGGCUCCGGGUGGUGGCUAAGUGGUCCUCCAACAGCUACUUCUACUCGGGCUGCAUCACGCGCGACCUGGGGGAGGGCCGCUACCGCCUGCUCUUCGACGACAGCCACGAGUGCGACGUGCAGGGCAAGGACAUCCUGCUGUGUGACCCCAUCCCCCUGGAGACGGAGGUCACCGCCCUGUCCGAGGACGAGUACUUCAGCACAGGUGUGGUGAAAGGCCACAGGACCGAAGGCUCCGAGUUCUUCUACUCGGUGGAGAAGGACGGCCAGUGCAAGUGGUACGGCCGCAUGGCCGUGAUCCUGUCCAUGGAGCAGGGCAACCGCCUGAGGGAGCACUACGGCCUGGGGCCCUACGAGCCCGUCACACCCCUCGCCAAGGCCUCGGACAUCAGCCUGGAUAACCUGGUGGAGGGGAAGAGGAAGCGCAGGGGGAAUAUGGGGGCCACCGGUACCCCCAGCCGGAGCUCCAGCGACAGCCCCAGGACCCCGGGGCCUUCUGGGAAGAGGAAGCUGAUCAGCUCUGCCGACGACGAGAAAACGCCCGCCAAGAGAGGCCGCAAGUCUGCUGGUCCCAGAGCGGGGCAGCGUCCCAACGUCUGCAACACGUCUGGGAGCGGCACCGACCUGCCCUCUGACCCCAACGACCUGGUGGAGACCCACGGGCCCCUCCCCCAGACCGCCUCCCUCUUCCUGGGCUACGCCUUCCUCCUGACGGCCUCGUCGGAGAGCGACCGGGAGAGCAACCAGCAGACCGGAGAGGGAGAGGAGGAGCAAGAGGAGUACGUGCAGACAGCACCUUACAACAAGCGCUACACGGAGCGCCAGCUAGAGGCGGGAGGAGGGUACGUCCUCCAGGACUUCAACGAGGGGCAGUGCAAGGCGGCCUAUCAGAGCCUCCUGAUCGCCGACCAGCACUGCCGCACCCGGAAGUACCUGCUGUGCGUGGCGAGCGGGAUCCCUUGCGUGUCUCACAUGUGGGUGCGGGACUGCUGCCACGACAACCAGCUGCUCAACUACAGGAACUACCUGCUGCCUGCUGGCAUGGGGCCGGAGGAUGCCAUCGUGGAGUGGCACCCACGCCGCAGUCCUUUCAAUGCCCUGAAGGUCCUGCUGGUCUUUGAGGAGCCCACAGAAUUCUUGGCCGAUUUGCUGAAGAUGGGCGGAGCCGUCUCUGUGUGCCACCAUAAAGCUGACAGCGAUAGUCCAGGCUUCUCUGCGGACGCCCUGGACCUGGUUGUGGCGGGCCGCUCGUGCCCGCCGUCGGUGCUGAAGCACGCGUCAUCACUGGACCUGCCCGUGGUGUCGGCGGAGUGGCUGAUCCAGAGUGUGAUCUGCGGAGAGAGGCUGGGCUACAGCAGCCACGCCCAGUUCAGACAUGACUACUCCCCCUAAGCCCCGCCCAUGCAGAACCCCCAACCUCUCCAACCUUUUAAUAGCCCUGUGAUCGUUUUAGUGCAUGUCCUCUUCUGUAUAUAG